AGGUGGACUCGAAGAGAGGAAGCUGAUUUUUACCGGGUUGUCUCUACAUUUGGCGUGGUGUUUGAUCCAGGAAGGGGUCAGUUUGAUUGGACAAAGUUUCGAGCAAUGGCCAGACUACAUAAGAAAACAGAUGAAAGUCUUGAAAAAUAUCUUUAUGCCUUUAUAGCAAUGUGUCGGAGGGUGUGUCGGUUGCCUUCUAAAGAAGACAUGGCAGACACAUCAGUAUCAAUCCAGCCAAUCACAGAGGAGAGAGCCUCCAGAACUCUGUACCGUAUUGAGCUUUUGAGGAAGGUUCGGGAGCAGGCUAUACGUCAUCCACAGCUGUUUGAGCGCUUAAAACUAUGCCAACCAAACCCUGACUUGCCUGCGUGGUGGGAAUGUGGUACACAUGAUAGGGAUUUGUUAAUCGGAGCUGCUAAACAUGGUGUAAGCAGGACAGACUAUCACAUUUUGCGGGAUCCCGAGCUUUCCUUUAUGGCAUCUCAAAAGAACUACAGCCAGAAUAAAGGAACCUCUUCUGCUUCUCUUAUAAUUCCACCAAACCAGCUGCCAUUAUCAUCCUCACCUCUUACUCCUCAAUCAAGAACGCAUGAACUAAAGGGGAGUCCUAAUGAGGAGGUUAAACUUAAAGAUGAUGCUGGAAAGGAGGAUAUUGCAAUGUUAGAGGAAGAACCUAUGAAAAUGAAAGAAGAGGCACUAAACCUUGUCAAUGGCCCACUGACUCAUACUGGAGAAUCUAAGCCACCUGUCAAGUCAGAGACAGACAGACGCAUGGUGGCAGCAAGGACAGAGCCACUUACGCCUAACCUAACUUCCAAAAAACAAAGAAUUGGCAAACUAGGUUCAGCCUCGAGUUCAGACUCCGAUUCAGAUUCAAACCGAUCCUCAUGCUCGUCCAGAUCUUCCUCUUCCUCAUCUUCCUCCUCUUCGUCUUGCUCACACUCAGGAUCCAGUUCUUCCUCAUCUUCUUCCUCCUCCUCCUGCUCCUCCUCUUCCUCUUCGUCUUCCUCCUCCUCUUCAUCUUCAUCAUCUUCAUCCGAGGAUAGUGACAGCGAUGAUGGAGAUGGACAGAAAUGCGAUCGAUUGCCUCAUGUGAAGGCAUAUGAUGAAGAGAGUGUAGCCUCUCUAAGCACCAUACAGGAUGAAACUCAGGACAGCUUUCAACUGGACAAUGGAAUCUCAAGCUCAAACUGUCUCAUCCAAGGGGGAUAUAUGUUUGCAGCUGCCCACUGGCCAAAGGAUCGUGUAAUAAUUAACAGAUUGGACAGCAUUUGCCAAGCAGUAUUGAAAGGAAAAUGGCCUACACCACGAAAAACCUAUGAUGGCGUCCGUGUGGUGACCUUCUACACUAAUCAACUGCUAGAUAGCCCUGGGGCUGCCACAGAAUACAGUGAAUCGGGUGUACAGCCAUCCGCCUGUGUGGCAAUCAAAGCCGAACCCUGUCAAUCACCACAGAUGUCAAAGGUGAAGAAGCAUGUACCAGAAAAGGAGUUUACAGUGAAAAUCAAUGACGAAAGUGGCUUAAAGCUGACAUUUCAGAAACAAGGGAUUCCUCAGAAGAGGCCUUUGGACGGUGAAGAGGCAAUGGGACAGCAGCAGUAUUUGGCUCGACUUCAGGAUCUUCAGAAUGCCUCUGAGGCCAGUCUUGUAACCUUUCCAAAACCCUUGGCAGCUUCAGGUACUUCUAAUAUACUGCCAACUUCUGGUUUGAAUGGUAUGACAUCAGAUGCUCAGCCAACCGUCAAAAAAAGAAGAGGCAGGAGGAAGAAUGUAGAGGGAGUUGAUAUCCUGUUUAUGAACCGAAAUAAGAUGCUAAAUCACCUGGAUCCUUCCUUAUCUCAGCCUUUACCUGGCCCUCAGGUGAUUCCAGGAGCACUGGACGCAGACAGCCCUGUCCCUGUCAUUAACCUAAAGGAUGGCACAAGGCUAGCAGGAGAUGAUGCACCAAAACGAAGGGAUCUAGAGAGCUGGCUUAAAGCACAUCCUGGUUAUGUAGAAGACCGGGGGGCUUUUAUACCCAGGAUGCAGCUUCAUGAUGGUAGACCCAAACAGAAGAGGCACCGAUGUCGAAAUCCCAAUAAGCUGGAUGUGAACAGCCUUACUGGAGAUGAACGUGUUCAGCUCAUCAAUAAGAGAAACGCCAGGAAGGUUGGGGGAGCAUUUGCCCCUCCCCUUAAAGAUCUGUGCCGAUUCCUGAAGGAAAAUCCAGAGUACGGAGUGGCUCCAGAGUGGGGAGACGUUGUAAAACAAUCUGGUUUUCUCCCAGAUAGUAUGUUUGACCGUGUCCUAACUGGCCCUGUGGUGCGUGAGGAAGUGAGCAGGAGAGGCAGAAGGCCAAAAAGUGAAAUUGCCAAGGCAGCAGCAGCCACAGCAUCUGGCAACUCUGUGAACGUCAGCCCUUUGCUAGCGAAUGGCCUUAUCCCAGGCAUGGAUAUUUCCAGCUACCGGGCUUUACAGCAGAACUUCCAAAGUCUUCAGUCUUUGCAGCUAACAGCUGGAUUAAUUGGUUUGCCUGCAGGGCUCUCUGCUUCUAGUGGAGAUGCCAAAAAUAUGGCUGCCAUGUUCCCAAUGCUGCUGGCUGGGUUACCCAAUCUUUUGGGUAUGGGAAAUCUAUUGAACAAGUCACCAGAUCCUAGUGCCAAGGAGAAAGAGAAGAACUGUACAGAUGAAUGCAAAGAUGCUGAAAAUGGCAAAGAAAGGACGAUGUCCCCAUCCAGUGAAAAAUCCAGGCAGAACUCAAGCCCUCCUUCCACAUCUUUGGGAACUGCAGUACAAGCAGGUUCCUUAUCUAUCAACCCACUGCUGUUACCCAAUAUACUCUACCCAGGGAUGCUUCUCACUCCAGGCCUUAAUCUUCACAUCCCAACUGUGCCCCAACCGAACGUUUUUGAUGUACAGAAUACUAGCAAAGAUGCUGGUCCAGUAGUGGCCCCAGAUUCCACAGCAGAACCACCUCCUGCUCCCAGCCAGGAAGAAAAAGUGAAGAAUGAGGGUGGCUCUCAAAAUGAGAACAGCACAGAUGACUGUUCUGAGAAGGCAGAACCUUCCUCAGGAUCAAAUAGCCCCUCUUCUUCCUCGUCUGAGGACUCUGAUUCUUCGGAGGAAGACUAA